AUGGUCGCCCCCCACGUGAACACGCGCAACCGAAGCUGCAUGUGGCCAGCAGCCAGUAAACUUGAAAUUUUCUGCUCGUUUUUCCGUGCAAUUCCAGUCGAAAUGGCAAUUCACACUCUCGUCUCUGCCAUUCUUCUGGUCGUAGUUUAUGCGGUUGGUGUUGUGGUGUAUCGUCUUUGGUGGCACCCUUUAGCCAGUUUGCCUGGACCCAAGUUGUGGGCUAUAUCGCGACUACCAUGGCUGUGGCACAUGGUGAAGGGCGAUCUGUGGAGGGCCCUAGCACGUCUGCACGAUGAAUUCGGCGACACGAUCCGCAUUGCACCCAACGAAGUAACGACCCUGUCUACUUCAGCGUGGCAAGAAAUAUACACAGCACAGCCGCUGCUUCUGAAAGACACCUUCAGUCAAACCCCGCCCAUGAAUGGGUCUCCUUCACUCUUUACUGCUGAGAAUGAGACUCACAAACGCAUCCGCGGCAUUCUUGCCUUCGCUUUCUCCAGCAAGGCUCUCCGUGAACAAGCGGCUCUCAUUGAACAUCAUAACUCUCGUUUCGUCGCUCGAAUCAAUCGAGAACUUGAGCAACAUAAGAUCCUGGACAUCAAUAAGUUCUACGGCUACGUUGCGUUCGAUACUAUCACAGACCUCAGUUACGGCGAGUCGACAGCAUGUCUCGAUAUUCCCGGGCCGCAUACCUGGAUCGAAAAGUUUUUCCUGCAUGCGCAGUACAGUGCAGUUCGGAACAGUCUACGUUGGUAUUCGCCAAUCGACAAGAUACUCGACUUCUGCUUUCUUGGAAUCACACGCAAAACGCGGGAGAAGAAUUGGAGCGUGGCGGCAGCUAAGAUCGAUCGUCGGUUGUCGACACGUGAAGCGCGCGCCGAUCUGCUGACGCCCGUCAUUGGUCGUGUCUCCGAGGAGGAGAACCCCCGUAAGGGCGUUACAAAGAAGGAGAUUCUUUCCAACGCUCUUGCGUUGGUUAUUGCGGACUGUCAGCUCACGGCUGGUGCACUUACAAGCUGCACCUACUUCCUGUUGAAGUCUCCUGGAGCCCUGAAAGAGGUCGUCAAGGAAGUACGCAGCGCGUUUCAGAGGGAUGGAGACAUUACAGUUCAGGCCGUGCAAGAUUUGGUUUAUCUAGGGGCUGUCUUGAAUGAAACGCUGCGCAUACAUCAUCCUUCACCAAUAUCACUGCCGAGAACAAUGCCCGCAAAUUCCUCUCGUGUCAUCUCUGGAACUCUCAUCCCAGGCAAUACCAUCGUGGGAGUGAGCCUUCAGAAUAUAUUCCACUGCCCGAAAUACUGGCACAAGCCCGACGAGUUUCACCCAGAACGUUUCUUACCACCAAGCGAUCUGCGAUAUGAUCCCAUGUUCGACAGCGAUAACAGGGCUGCUUUUAUGCCUUUUUCCACAGGACCGCGCAAUUGUAUUGGCGCAAAACUUUUCUUUGCUCAAGCACGUCUCGCUCUUGCGAAACUGAUCUGGAACUUUGAUAUCCAAGGCGCAGAACCUUGUAUGGAUACAUGGCCCGACCACCGUGUGUUCAUUGUUCUUGAACCAAAGCCCUUACAUGUAAGGUUAACUAGAAGAGAGAGUUAA